CUGGUUACUGUAACGUACCAUUAAGGAGUUUGGAUUUUUUUUUUUUUUUUUUUUUUUUAUCUCAGUUUGAAAGUGUGAAUUCAUUUUGGUGCGAUUAAGAAUUUUAACUCCGAUCGCGCAUUUUGUUCGUCUAGCAAUUGCAAGUAAGUGUUGUUUAUUUAGCUACUUCAGUUAAGUGAUCUCCUUCCAGUUAGUGACUCCAGAGAAGGAUAAAAAAGGGGAAAAAGGUAGAAGAAAGAUGACGAUCGAGUCAUUACCAGGAAGUUCAGGGUACUUAGAUUUGUUCCCGGAGAGGAGGAUGUCUUAUUUCAGUAAUAAUUAUGUUUUAAGAUUAACUGUGAUUGCUGGUAUAGGAGGUUUGCUCUUCGGCUACGAUACAGGUGUUAUUUCAGGUGCCCUUUUGUACAUAAAAGAUGACUUUGAGGUGGUCAAUCAGAGUAGCUUCCUACAGGAAACAAUUGUUAGCAUGGCCCUAGUUGGUGCAAUCAUAGGAGCUGCAUCAGGGGGUUGGAUUAAUGAUACUUACGGACGCAAGAAAGCUACUCUGAUUGCUGAUGUUGUCUUUGCUGCCGGAGCAGUUGUCAUGGCAGCUGCACCAGAUCCAUAUGUUCUUAUUGCAGGUCGAUUUUUAGUUGGUCUUGGCGUGGGUAUAGCAUCUGUCACUGCUCCUGUUUAUAUUGCAGAAGCAUCACCAUCUGAAGUAAGAGGAGGAUUAGUGAGCACAAAUGUUCUUAUGAUAACUGGUGGACAGUUUCUUUCCUAUCUUGUUAAUCUUGCAUUUACACAGGUCCCAGGAACAUGGCGGUGGAUGCUUGGAGUUGCAGGUGUACCAGCUGUGAUUCAGUUUUUUCUUAUGCUCUGUAUGCCAGAAUCUCCUCGCUGGCUUUUUAUGAAGGAUGAUAAAGAUAAAGCCAUUAUGACACUGGCUAGAAUAUAUGACAUUGCUCGAUUGGAAGAUGAAAUUGAACACCUUUCUGCUUCAGCGGAGGAAGAACAACAGAGAAAGAAGGUUGUCAGAUACUUGGAUGUGUUCAAAUCAAAAGAAAUCAGACUCGCAUUUCUUGCAGGUGCUGGACUUCAGGCAUUUCAGCAGUUCACUGGCAUCAAUACAGUCAUGUACUAUAGCCCAACCAUUGUCCAGAUGGCUGGCUUCAAUUCUAAUCAAUUAGCUCUUCUCCUUUCCCUCAUUGUUGCUGGAAUGAAUGCUGUUGGAACAAUCCUUGGUAUUUAUCUUAUCGACCAUUUUGGGCGGAAGAAGUUAGCACUCUCAAGCUUAACCGGUGUAAUUUUUUCUCUUGUCAUACUUGCUGGGUCUUUCUUUGCGGAGUCAUCUGAUUCUUCAAAUGGAAUGUAUGGGUGGCUUGCAGUUUUAGGGCUAGCUCUAUACAUUGCCUUCUUCUCACCCGGAAUGGGACCUGUUCCAUGGACAGUGAACUCUGAGGUAUAUCCAGAGGCAUAUAGAGGGAUAUGCGGAGGAAUGUCAGCUACUGUGAAUUGGGUUUCUAAUCUGAUUGUGGCACAAACAUUCCUUUCAGUUGCUAAUGCUGUGGGAACCGGUGCAACUUUCCUGAUUCUUGCAGGUAUUGCUGCGGCCGCAAUUGUGUUUGUGAUUCUAUUUGUGCCAGAGACUAAAGGGCUUACAUUCUCUGAAGUAGAGCAGAUAUGGAAGGAAAGAGCUUGGGGCAGUAGUUAUAACACAGAGAGCCUUCUCGAGCAGGGAACCGAGGCUCCAUAGUUGUAAGUAGUUCAAAUAAUAGCAGCAUUAUACAUAUAUGGUUGGUAUCUAUCUUAGAAUUACAUGUGCCUAUCAAGGUCCAUGCAUGGACAUAUUUUCAGAGCAGUCCGGCAUGGCCGUGAAUAUUCUUCUAGGGUUUACAGGAUCGAGAUGGACAUGAAGCUUGUGAGUCUGACUUCUGAAUGUUCUGAAUAUUUUUCUUGUGCAAGUGAGAGUGAGUUCGGACAGUAUCUUUGGCUUGGAGUCUUUCCUAUGGCUCCAUAACAAAGGCUGUUCCUUUAGUAUUGUGUUCUCUUCUUGGAUUCAGGAAGUAGUCUGUAUUUUAGAAAUAGACAGGCUUUAGUAUUUAUUUAAUUUAAUAUAAUGUCAUGUUAUUUGUGAUGUUCAAAUUAUUUAUUUAGUUGAAACAUUCAUUUUCCUA